UGGUACGAGGACGUCUUUGAUUAUGAAGAAUUCGCUAUGACACAGGAGCCGAACGAGGGCGGUGGUCUUACCCAGUCUGCAUACAGCGACACCCUCGGUUAUGGACACAUCAUGGAGCAUGGUUACGAAGUCAACGAGGAAGAAAACGGAACUACGUUUUUCACGACCCAUUGGACAGCGACACCAUUGAUAUUAAUGAUAUGAUCAUCGUAGAGGAGAUCAAUGAAAACAGUCCGAUAGCUGAGCAUCCUUACAAUGGCAUCUAUGGUGGCAAUGAAAUAGGAGAGGAACCGACUGAAAGUGUUCUUUGCACUCAGCCCGAUGACAUCGUAUGCCAUGAUGAGGAAAAGGUGCCCUGUGAAGGCACCCUUCCCACUGAGGGCGGUAUCAUCGCGGGAAAUACUGAAAUGGUUGCCACAGAGGAACCAAGCAAGGACACUAUUCUCCCUGAUCGUGAUGUCAUCGUGGGUGAUGCUGACAUUCAUAAGACAGAGGAUGAACGCAGUCCUCCCAUGCAGUUGUCGUUCAGGGGUACCACAUCCGAUGACGAACCAUGCGAAGGCACACUUCCCGUUGAGAACGACGACAUCCUGGAUAAUAGUGACGCGGUUGACACAGAGGCAGCAAGGGAAAGUGGCCCUCCCCCAGAGUCCUCAUUCUGUGGCAUCUUUGGCAGCAAUGAAAUAAUUUUGAAAAAGGAACCAAGAAAGGACACUAUUCUCCCUGAUCGCGAUGUCAUCGUGGGUGAUGCUGACAUUCUUAAGACAGAGGAUGAACGCAGUCUUCCCAUGGAGUUGUCGUUCAGGGGUACCACAUCUGAUGAGGAACCAUGUGAAGGCACACUUCCCGUUGAGAACGACGACAUUCUGGAUAAUACUGACGUGGUUGACACAGAGACAGCAAGUGAAAAUGGCCCUCCCCCAGAGUCCUCAUUCUGCGGCAUCUUUGGCAGCAAUGAAAUAAUUUUGACAAAGCCCGUCGAGCGACGAAAGCCAAAUGGGCGCCACAGGAGGCACGGACGUCGCAACAGCGAAGGUUCAACUUCACAACGUGGAUUGGGCCAAAUAGGACAAGUCCCGGAGUACCGCCACUGCCAGCGAGGCCUGAAUAGUGGUGACUUCUGUGCAGACGCGUCUGGUCCACCACAGCCAACCACGUCGCAAAGCUGUUUGCAUGAACCAUUUGCUAUAGGCUCUGAGUAUCCCACAAGGCGCACCGAACGAGGUGGGCGCGCCGGCCGUCACCCUGGUAUGGCCUGUGUUAGACGAGUGCGGGGCGCCCGAACUCAACUACGGCCUCCUGGGCUCGCUGCUGUUAGAGGCCACUAUGCGGACUUUUGGCGGUGCCGACGUGAUCGACGAUGGCUGCGGUUAGCAGAUUCCGUGGUCCCCGAAUCACCGGCGGCUGUUACAGAAGCAGUACCACUGCGACACUUACGGGGAAUGCCUGCGCACACUGCCGUCAAGCGACGAAAGCCAAACAGGCACUGCAGGUGGCGCAGGCGUCCCGGCAACCAAGGUUCAACUUCACAACGUGGAUCAUGCCAGCUAAGACGAGUCCCAGAGUACAGCCACUGUCAGCCAGGUCUGAAGUAUGGGAGCGGUGACUUCUGUGAAGACGCGUCUGACCCACCACUACCAUCUACGUCGCAAGAUGGUUUCCAUCAAACAUGUGGUCCUGCUUAAUUUAACUUGAGGGCAGUAUUCUUUUGAGUAUAACACGCAUAACAAACAUCGUAAUAGAAACGAAUUUUACUAACUCAA